AAUGAGGAAGCCACUGGUGGUAUUGCUGUUGAUACUGGUGACAACGGUGGAGAGUCGAUUCGUGGACAAAAUGGUCAAUUCAGAAAUUGGAGACACCUAUUACAAACACGAAUCGGAUCCAAUAAUGAUCGACGACAAAGAUGACGCACCUCAAUACGAAGUAAAUUCGGAAGAAGUUCCAACUUUGCCACGUAUGAAUAGUCAGACCAAAUGGGAAAUGAUUCGUGCCAGUGGACAAGAUCCAACAGUCCGUCGUAGAAAAAACAAGCAGCAUCGUCAGCAGAAAGUCGUCCUUGGACGUGAACGUCGUGACUUGAUCCUUGCUCCAUGGAGAAUCACUCAUGUUGUUCCGAAAAAGAAAGAAGCUGAAGUUCCAAAGAAAGCAAUGGCUCUGUCAUUUGAUGUCUGUCCUGAAAAAUUCGAUGCAAUUACAAAGGGAAUCAAUGGAAGAACCUAUGUUUUUGCUCGCGAAAGGGUUUAUCAAAUUUGGUUUGAAGACGGACUUCCACAAAAAGCGUCUUACUUGAUCAGUGAAUUCUUUGCUGGAGGACCGAGAACUGUGACCGCCGCAUUGACAAAUUCUCGAUCUGGAGUCACAAUUCUCUUUGAUGGACGAACUGCAUACAGAUUCCGUUGGAACAGAAAACAUCGUAGAUUCCAGCUGGCGAAAAAUACCCCACAAGAUCUUCCCCGAAACAUCACAAUCCAUCCAUUGUCAGCAUUUGAAUGGGCCGAUGGAAAUCAAGUUGUUCUCAGUGGUGAACACUUCAUCAUCUACGACGCAUACUGGAACUUAGCCACAUUCACAGGCCACACACGCAAGUAUUUCCCAAAUCUGCCAAGGGAUCUACUGGGAAUCGUGUACAACGGAGCUGGAGAAACACUUUUGAUGUACACCAAGACAAACAAGUUAAAGGUUUACAACACGAAGAAGUUCAAAGUAGUACAAGAAUAUCCGCUGAAACUGUCUGAAUUUGUCGGAUGUCAAACUAGAUGAUCUGCUCAAUCUGUCUUCAUGCCUUUCUAUCAAAUCUCUCCCAUUUCCGAUGAUCUGAUCCUUUCAUUCGUUUCCUUCUCAAUCUUAAGAUCGAUCGAUUUUGCUUUUUUGCUUUAUUUGUUUUUUUUUCUAAUUUUGUUUCUUUGCUUACUCACUUUUUAUGCCCAAUUCAGUUCUGAGCCGGUGUCUUCGAAUCAGAAUUUCAACUUCCUGUUUCUAACCCAAUUAAAUCCUAACUCACAUUUUAAGUUUUCUACUUAUUCCCAACACCCACAGUCUUAAGUUAUUUUCCCUUCCUUCACCGCCUUUUCUUAAAAACGUUUUACGUGUAUUUUUGUUUUAUCUUUUCAUGACUUUUUAUAUUUCAAGUUGUCAUUUUCUUCAUUUUGCAACAAAAAAUAAAUCAAAUCUUCGCAAU